AUGACAAGUGAAAUUGUGGAAGAACCAAUUGAGUUGAAAGACAAGUUGGUAGACAAACGAUGGAAGAUCAGAGUAAAAGGGUAUAAAGAAUUAGAUCAAUUAAUUCAAACAAAAGAUACGAAAUACGUAGAAUAUAUUAGUUACUUUGAAGGAAUGGCAAAUGACAAUAAUGCAAUUGCUUUUGAGAGUGCACUUGAAACAAUGAUUAGUUAUUUUAGUAUUAAUGAUAAUUCUAAUCCUUUGUCAAUUGAAAUUGGAAACAAAGUGUGUUUAGUCAUUGGAGAAAAAGGACUUUUAGGAAGGUCUAAAACAAAAGAACGGACAUUGGAACUCUUUUGCUUGUUUGUUGAAAUUGGAUUAACAGAAGAAGUACUCAACACGUUGGUUGAUCUUACCAAACAUAAGAAUUUUAAACUAGGUGUAGAAGCAAUUAAAGAAAUAGAACAGCUUCUUAUUUUAUUUAGUCCUCAAGUAUUUUCCUUAAAAACUAUUCUUGAAGGACUUAAGGAAUGGAUAGUUCAUAAAGACAAAGAUGCACGUCAAAGUUCAUUGAGGAUAUUGCAUUGUCUAAAAUCUAAUUUCAAUGAGAAUUUGUUACAAGAAUUUAUUAAUACCAUUCCACCAGCACAAAAGAAGGACUAUGAAAGUUAUCUUCAAAACAAUCCAUUACACAAAAUUGAACCAGUAAGAAAUAUGAGAUGUAGGAAAGAACAAAAAGUUAUUAGUCCAGUUAAAAAAGUUGUUGAAGAAGUUGCUGAAAAAAAUGUUCUUGAAAAAAAUAACGUUGAAAAAACUAUUCUUGAAAAAAAAAUCCCAAAAGAAUUUGCUAGUAUAAUUGAUAAUGGAAAAUGGAAAGAAAAAAAAGAAGUUAUUGAAAAAAUUACUGAGGAGCUUGAGGCACAAAAAGUUAUAUUUCCAACUUCAGUAAUGUUUUGGGAAACAUUAAAGAAAGCUUUGGAUGAUAAUAAUAUCAAUGUCGUAUCUGCAACAAUGAGAUGUAUUAUUUCUAUUGAUAAAAAAGGUGGAAAUGUUACUCAGUAUUUAUCACAAAUUGUCAAAAAAUUAAAAGAAAGUAAUAAAACAGUAGUGAAUUGUGCUAUAGAAACUCUACUUUCAAUUAUUAAGAAUAACGAUGAUUUGAUUUCAUUAUUGAUUGAAGUUGAAGGUAAUUCUAUUAGUAACUUAAAUGUUAUGAACUUUACAAGAAGAGCCAUCGAAAAGUAUAAUAAACCAACACAACAAAUUAAGUUGUGGGCAAAAUUAUUUUGUUCACCACUAGAAGAUCAAAAAAAAGAAAUUAGAGAUGCUGCAACAGAAGCAAUUGUUUCAUUUAUUAAAGUUAAUGGUGAUGAAAUUUUAAAAUACCUUGAAGGUAUUUCUAAAGACAGACUAAAAAUAGUUCAAUUUAAAGUAAAUGGGGAGUCAUACAUGUCAGUUGCUCCAAGUGCUGUAAAUACAAAUUCAGUUGCACAUUCUUCAAUAUCACAAAUCAGUGAAAUACCACCAAAAAUACUUUCACCUAUUCCAAUGAAAGAAGUUAUUAAUAAUGAUAAUAGUUCAACUAAGCAACCUACAGGUUGGUCAAGAAAAAUGAGUCUAGAAAGGUCACCAAAGAAAGGAGUCAAAAGUUAUAGUACAACAAAACUCCCAGUGUUAAAAGUUAAUACAAAACCAGUAUUAAGAAGUGUUAAAACACAACCAAAAAAAGAAGUAAGGAAAACUCUAAAAAAAAGUUAUUUUGAUUUAUUCAAAGCAUUAAAAAAUGGAGAUUGGAAGGUACAAACACAAAGUUUGAUUGAAAUAACAAAAUAUUUAGAAAAUAAUACAAUAAAUCAGAUGGAAUGCGAUCAUUUAAUUAAUGAAUUAAAAAAUAAAAUUGGAGACCCAAAAAGGGGAUUAGCAUCAGUUGCAUUAAAAACUUUGAUACAAACGAUUAAGAAUGUUAAAAGUGGAUUUGAAAGAUAUAUCCCUAGUAUUAUGUCUAAUGUCAUACAACAAAUGGGAGAUAAUAAUAAGAGUGUGCGAGAGUGUUCUAUGGAAGUAAUGCAAGUCUUAGGAAAAGAAGUUGGGAUGAAUGUGCUAAUAAAUCAAUUAAAUUAUGCAAUGCAACCAAAUAAUAAUCCUAUUAUUCGAAAAAGUGCAAUAGAAGUUAUACUAAAAAUAAUUGAGCCUAUGAAUGUAAAAGAUAUUGGAAUAAUGAAACCAUUAGUACCAACAUUAUUAAAACAAAUUUGUGAUAAAAAUAUUGAGUUAAGAAAAGAUGUUGAGUAUGUUGUUGAAAAAUGUGUUGAAAGUAUGGGAGUGGAUAUUAUUAAAAGUAGAAUGAAUAAACUAAUGAUUAACGAACAACAAGCAUGCAGAGAAAUUAUUAGAAGGUAUAAUGUGAGUCAACAUCCAACAAUAAUAGAACCUAACAUUACUGAACCUAAACCUGUUGUUAAGAAACUAACUCAUUUAAUUACAGUCUCAAGAGACUCUGAAGUUAUUCCAAAUGAAACAAAAAUGGAAGAAGAACAUAUUAAAGAUGUUAAUGACCAACACCAAUCUACAAAAAUGGAAGAAGUUCCUAUAUUACCGAUAAGAAAGUCAUUAAGCUUGGCUCAAGAAAACCCUGAAAAUACUAAAAUGGAAGAACAUCCAAAUAUUGAUUUAGGAAAACAAAAUCUUCCAAGAACUGGUUCUGCAGUAGUAACAGUAUUAAAUAGAUGUGCUACAAUUAGUAUGGUUGUUGAAGACACUCAAAAACAACCAAUGAUCAUUCGAUCACAAACAAUGAUUCCACCAGAAUUAACACUGUUAUAUAAAAUACCAGAAACUUAUAUUAAGGAUUUAUUACGACUUGGAGCAGAAAUGCUACCACAAGAUUAUCUACAAAGACUAGUAUCUCUAUCACCAAGAGAUGUUGAUUUAUGCUUAAAGGCAGUUGAAGUUUUAGAUUUUGAAAAACCAAUAUUUGAAGAAUUUCUAAUGACGUGGGGAGUAGUUUUAAUAAUGAAAGGAGAUUAUACCUUAAUUCCAGAAUUAACUAAAAUUGUACAAGACUGGAUUAGAAAAUUAUUAAAAAGUAAAAAAACUCUUGAAGGUGUACGUACUCAUACCUUCAUAGAAUGUAUAUUAAAGUCUGCACAAUAUAUUUCUACUGAAGUUUCAUUAUUAAUGAAAUAUUUUGUUCGAGUAUAUGAUAAUAAAAGAAUUAUUGAAAUGUUAUGGCAAGCUAUUGUAACAUCUCCAUUAGCAACAAAAAUUGUUUGUCUUAGAAUUUUUAAUGAUCUAUUUGAAACAUUUAUUGAAAAAGGGGAUUUAAAUGAAAAUAUGAUGAAAACUAUGUUUUGUGUCAUAUAUAGAGAAGCCAAUACAAAAAAUUUCGAGGAUAUAGCUGGUUUUUUACUUGCUAAAAUUUAUAACUAUAUUGGGGAAGAUGUUUUUAGAAUUAUUGAAAAUAAUGAUGAAAUGUUUAAUCAAUACAUUCGAUUUAAUGGAAAAUAUAUUAAAGAAAAAGAGCAAAUGACAAUUGGAAGUGGAAAAAGAAAAGUAAGAGAUGAACGAAUUACUAUUGUUGGACAUGACCAACCAAUUAGUAUUGCUGAAAAUAAUGAAGAUAUUAUUUUACAUAUUAGUGGAAUUGAUAAAGAUCAACGAUUAGACUCAAGCAAAACCUUAGACGAAAUAAAACCAGGAGGUAUUGACUUAGAAAUUUCAGAGUCAAAUGCUCAAAAUAAAGAGAGACCAAGAAAAUUUAGUUUAACACUUCAAAGAGGAAAAGGUCCUAUCCAAUUAAAUGACCAAAAUAUAAAUAUGUCAAUUAGUGUAGAAAAUAAACCAUUAGAAAAAAUUACCCCACCUAAACGUAUGUCAGAAGAAAGUAAUGGACUUAAAUUGAUUGAUUUGGAGGAAGAAACAAGUCAAGUUGAUAAAACAACUCAAAACUUGGAAGUAAAUCUUGGACAAAAUACCUCAGAUAUAUCGUCAUUAGUUUCUCCUCUCAGUACUAAAGAAAUUCAAAAAUUAUCAAGGCAAUUAUCUCCUAAACUAUCUCCAGUUCAAUCCCCAAAUCACCUUAAAACACCAACACUAUCUCCAAAUUCUCUUUUGAAGUCAAGAGGAAUGAAGGUUAUACAUAAACCAGUCAUGGUUCCAAAAGUAUCUCCUACAGUUGGUUAUAAACCUAUAAUGGAAAAAAGUCCUGUUUCUUCUGCUGUAAGAGUAAAACAAUUAACAAUGGAAGAACAACAAUCCAACCAAAAUAAAACAACUACAAAGAGACAUAACCUUAAUCUUAUUCGUAGCCAACAUGCAAUGAAUAAAAUAGAAGCUGUAUCACCAAUGGUUAAACCAAUAAUUAAAUUAAAUGUAAUAGAACCACAAGAUAUCCCAUUAUCAAUAGAAGUACCAAAUAGAGAAGUUAGUACAGAAAGUAACAGCUCAUUCUAUCCAAUUAAUAAUACUACACCACUUGGAUUUUUAGAUAAAAUAUUGAAAACAAAAAAAGAAACACCACCACCAAUACAAGUUAAUACUGACUUUAAAUUUAGUAUUGCUGAACAAAAUAAAGACCACAACCAACAAACUAUAAAUACAAUUACAGGUUCAAAACCAGUAAUACAAUCUCCAAUUGAUCAAUUUAUUUCACAAACAACUCAACCUCCAUUAAUUAAUCCACAGUUAUUAGCAUUACAAACAAGUAUUAAUUCAAUAAAAAGAGUUUCACCAAUUAGAAAUCCAAUAAAUCAGGUUACCCCUGAUGUUGUACCAAAUGCACUUAAUUGGAAAGAUUUAUGCAAAUAA